AUGGGCAAAAAACAGCACCAAAAGGAUAAGUUGUAUCUGACGUGUACUGAAUGGUCGACUCUAUACGGCGGGCGGACAGCGCUUCAGAACCUUCUGGACGCGACGGCCGAUCAUCAGUUCCGACGCCUACCUCUGGAUCACUGCUCGCUAUCGCUUCAGCCCUUCACUCAUCCCUAUUGUAACACAAAGGGAGUGAUCUAUGAUUUGGCAAAUAUCGUGCCAUUCGUCCAGAAGUUCGGUUUGGAUCCCUUCGACGGCACCAAACUUGAGAUGAAGUCUUUGGUGAAACUGCUCUUUCAUCGCAGCAACGAUGGCAACAAUCACUGUCCCGUUCUCUACAAGAUAUUCACAAACAACUCGCAUAUCGUUGCCAUCAGAACCACUGGCAAUGUCUUCUCCUACGAAGCGGUCGAAGAACUCAAUCUCAAAGCCAAACACAUGAAAGACUUAUUAACGGACGAACCGUUCGCUAAGAAAGACAUUAUUGUAUUACAAGACCCGAAAGAUAUCUCCAAAUUCAAUGUUUGCGACUUUUAUCACAUCAAACAUCAGUUGAGUCUCGAAGACGAAGAGGAGAGGAAUUCGACAUUUACUUUGAGGAAUAUUAAUAACGAAACUAAAGACACACUCAAAGAGUUGAGUGAAUUGGAGGCCAACAAAGAGAAGACAGAGACCAAAGUGGCGAAGAAAGAGACGGUAAAAGCGGACAAAUUUAAUUCAGCGCACUAUUCGACGGGAGCGGUGGCCGCGGCCUUCACUUCCACUGUUAUGGACCCGAUUUGGUCGAAGUUAGAGCCGGCAGUUCUCGACGAAGACUUCAUUAAGUAUUCAAAAGUCAAAAAGAAAGGUUACGUCCGAUUCGUAACCAAUUUGGGAAAUAUAAAUCUGGAGUUAUAUUGCGAUCAAACGCCCAAAACGUGCCAUAAUUUCCUCACUCUUUGCAAAACUGAUUAUUACGCGAACAAUAUAUUUCAUCGUUUGAUUAAAAACUUUAUGAUCCAAUCGGGAGACCCGACGGGAACGGGAACCGGAGGCCAGUCUUGCUUUGGAAAGCCAUUUGAUGAUGAAAUAAAGCCUCAAUUUAGUCACGAAGGAAGGGGUGUCUUAAGUAUGGCUAACUCCGGGCCCAACACUAAUAAAUCACAAUUUUUCAUAACAUUCCGCUCGUGUAAGCAUUUGGACAAAAAGCACACCAUUUUUGGUCGAGUGGUCGGAGGACUCGAAGUUUUGGACAAAAUGGAAAGAAUUAAAACCGAUGAAAAGGACAGACCAUUAGAAGAGAUUAAAAUUAUACGAACGGCUAUUUUUGUGGACCCGUUUCAGGAAAUUGAGGACCAAAUGAAACAACAAAGAGAAGAGUUAGAGAUAGAGGAAAAGGCAACGAAAGACAGAGAGGCCAUGGCUUCCAAGAAAAAGGCAGAACUAAAAACACAUCGAUCAGGAAUCGGCUCUUUCAUCGAUUUAAAUGCUUUAAAAAGAGGUACUGACGAUAACAGUGAAGGAUUAGUACCUAAAAAGUCGAAACCAUCGACAGUUGGCAAUCCUGGAAGAGGGGGCGGAUUCGGUAACUUUAGUAAUUGGUAA